AUGUCGCAACGAGAGGGGUUGAAAAAACCGUUUGAAGAGCUAAAUGGAACGAGACAAAACUCACAAGCGCCAGUAAAGAAUCGUUAUUUUGACGGUUUUGCGUCAAAAAUCAGAAAGGGUGUAAUGUCGAAUCACCUCUCGCAAACGCAGUGCCUUGCGCCACCACAGUUGCCCACGUUCGGUGCCGUUACCCCGCUCUCGUUCCAACAGCAGUGCUAUAUUUCCACAUCGAGCAUGAUGCAGCCGAAUACCACCUAUCCGUCGCUGAACACCACAUCGCCCUCGACGGAUUCGCUGUUUUCGGUGUCGACGUCGCUGAACUCCAUUCCAUCCGAAUGUCCACCACGUCGUAGUGAUCUCGACUUGAAAAUAGACAGCCCUAAUGGCGAUGACAACGAUGAUUUCUUCGACUUGGAAAAACAUCAAAAAGCUCGAUCGGCUUCGUUUGGUGGUAUGACGCAAUACGGUAGCCAACUGGCCAUGGCUAGGCAAGGACUGUUUGCACCUUCGUUGGACACCAUCGGUAGUGUCGCCAGCGGGCUCUACGAUAGUGGCGAAAAUCUGAACGGUAGACUUGGCGCCACUUCGGUGGCAUCUAGCGGUUUGCUACACAGUCCCGAUGGCAAUAACACAUUUUCACCGAGUAGCUGCAACAUGUCGUCACCAGUGAUGAACGAUCAAAUUGCGCAAAAUGGUGGCAACGAUGGUAGCGAUGGUGUAGCCGGUGCCGGUGCGAAAAAAUCAACUACCCGGCGUAAUGCUUGGGGUAAUCUCAGCUAUGCGGACUUAAUCACUCAGGCUAUCAUGCAAAGCCCCGAGAAACGGCUUACAUUGUCUCAGGUCUACGAAUGGAUGGUUCAAAAUGUGCCAUAUUUUCGGGACAAAGGCGAUUCGAAUAGUUCGGCUGGAUGGAAGAAUUCGAUUCGACACAACCUCUCAUUGCAUUCGCGUUUUAUGCGUAUACAAAAUGAAGGUGCAGGGAAAUCAUCAUGGUGGGUGAUUAACCCGGAUGCAAAACCCGGACGAAAUCCACGACGAGUUCGAGCAUCGACAAUGGACACGACUAGCAAAGCAACCCUCAGCAAGAAACUGAAAGGUGCCCGAAAACGAAUCCACGAUAUUCGAGCUGUAGGUGGUCUGCAUAGUGGCGUGUCUAGCUUGGCUGGUUCACAGACGUCUAUCAUGUCACAUGACAUUUAUGGUGAUGAUGAAGCCAUGCAAGGCUCUUUUGAACCCAUGUUCCGUCCCCGAACCCAGUCGAAUUUAUCUGUGCCCGGAUCGUCGACAAGGGUUUCACCUUCGAUGGAGCACCCAUUCGACGAUUUUGAGUUCCCCAGCUGGGUGAAUGACGCGACCGCAGCCACCGCCGCAGCUGCGAACGCGGCAGCGAAUAAUCAUUCCGGGAACGGACCCAUCCCUACCGAUAUCCUUGAUCGGACCGACCAGAUGCGAAUCGAUUCGUGUCGGAUGAUGAACGGUGUGAAACAAGAACCAAAGUCCGUUAAGACGGAACCCUCCGUUGGACCACCACCAUCCUACCUCGAGCUGAGCAGUGUCCGUAACCAGUCACAGCUUCAAAAUCCAUUGCUGCGGACGCAGUUGGCUUCCGUGAAGUUUCCUAGUGCUGGACUUCCACUCCCGUACCAGACGUACUCGCCGUGGCCAACACACACUUCGUUGCUACCGCCGUCAUCAUGCGCUGCGGUUGCGCAAGCGAAUUCCGUGAGCGCAGCGGCUGCGUUGCCGUCGGAUCUCGAAAGUCUCACACUGCCCGAUCAGCCGUUAAUGGAUUUCGAAGUCGAAUCACUAUUACGACACGAACUUUCGCAAACCACCGAUCACCGCCUGAAUUUCGACAAUCUCUGAGUGCCGUGCACCCGCGUCGCGUCGCGUGUUCGUUAGGCCCCGUACUGCGGCGAGAACUCGUCCCCCUCAUUGUUCUUUGUGCUAGUUGUCUGUGGUAUAAAUCGAACCCCCGAAAUACGCCCCGAAUGAAUUCACCUUGACAUACACACACUUCCAAAUUGAUGUGUUUUGCCUUCGAAGAUUUUUCAUUUCAGUGUGCGCAUAUGUACGAUGUGUUAUAUUCCUUAAUUCUUUCGUCGUUUUACUUCUUCUGGCCGCUCGCGCCACGCGCCGCAUAGGCGCGCGUGCGUACGAGUCUCCGCGGUUUCUUGUACAUGAGAAUUGUCCGAUUUGUUCUUGUCCCAUCAAUGUGUGCAUGUUUUUUUUCGGCCCUGUUAUUUUUUUCGCGUACGCGUCCCCCCACUUCUCCCCAUGCUGACAAAUCCACCUCCUCAUCCUCCCACACAAACGAGUCGUUGAAGAUUUCUAUUAUUUGAGUUGAUUAUGUUUUUUUGUUUUCAUCUUUUUCCUCUCUCUUCUUUGUACGAUGUUUUCGGAUAAUAAUGGGCUACCUCGCAGUUGUUGCUAUUGUGAUGAUAUCUUGCUGAUCGCCAGCAGCCGGGUAUGCAAUCGCCCCCUCUCCUCUUCAAUUCUAUUCACUCUCGCUGACUCGCUCUCAAACCCGGCGCGACUCGCGCCCCCGCUCUUCUCUCACCCCCCGCUCUAAACCCACACAUCCAAACACCGCCGCCGCCGCCAGGUAGAUGCAUUUUCUUGUACAUAUAAAGCCCGCACCACUUCCCAGUUUCUUUUUUCGUUUAUCUGUUCUAUCUCGCUUUGUUAGAAGAUUACUAUAUAUGUUAUGUAUCAUAAUGAAACAUAAAAGUCGAGGGAUAUGCUGCAAGAUUGAACACAAAAUUUUCAGAUUUUGCGUCAAAUCCAGCGCAAAUCUGUAGUUUUGCGUGAAAUUGUGUGUUUUCAUUGCGCAAAUCCUUGUUGUUGUAGAUCCUGACCG